AUGGCUGACCCUCAAGAAGGCUUUGUCGUACCCCCUGAAGGACCAUUUGGCGCAACACCAAACGCAGGGACCAAUCCAGCCGGUGUAGAGCCGCCUCGAGUUGACGACCUAGAAGCGCGUAUGAAUCAGAUGGUAAUCAACAACGCAGAAGCCUUGAAUAUCGCAAAGAACACGGCUACGGCUGUCGAACAACUCGCCGCAUCCCUAGCACAACAGCCAGGGACAACGAAUAAGUACCUUACGGAAUUCCUCGCCGCCUUGACCAAUAAACCAACGCCGACCAAUGAUGAAGGCGAUGUCAAGAUGGCGGACGCAAAACUGCCCAGAGGAAUCCCAACAAAUCCCCCUACGACCGCAGGCAAGCCCAUCGAAGAGGUGAUACAGUCCAUCAAUACCCUCGCCGUAACCAGCCUCCUACCUGCGCCUCAGCUCGCCAAGUUCAAAGGCGAUGAAACGAGUAUUCGUCUAGAAGACUGGAUAGUUCAAGCCCAAGAUCUUGCCAAACGUACCCGACUUGUUGGGUUAGGGUUUAGGGUUAGGGUUAGGGUUUAGGGUUAGGGUUAGGGUUAGGGUUAGGGUUAGGGUUAGGGUUAGGGUUAGGGUUAGGGUUAGGGUUAGGGUUAGGGUUAGGGUUAGGGUUAGG